AUGAGGAGUCAGGUGGUCUCUCCCUCCUCCCCCUACCUUCCCAGGCCCCUGCCUCACCUCUUCUUGAGCUUCCUUUCUUGGUUGGUUCCUUUCAUGACUACUGACAGUGAACCUGAGAGCAGGUUCUGCUCAAAUGACAUCUUUCCAAUAAGCUCUGCAUCAAAUGGGGCUCAGAAGUUUCAAAAAGGGUUCCCAAACGGACCACCCCACCUUGGUGGCCAGAGGCUUAUCCUUUGGGAUACCAUCCACAGCCUGGCUCACUCCUGGGAUCCACUCAUAGGAUGUGGGGGUGGAUCUCCGGCAGGGCACUAG